AUGCCAGAUGAUCGUAAAGGACUUAUUAAGUUUAUAGGUUUCGUUAAUUACUUACGGAAUUUUAUUCCAAAUGCUUCAUCUUUACUUGCUCCAUUUUAUGAGGUUACUAAUACUGAUAAAUCAACGGUAAAGCAACAAUUCUCCAAAAACUAUCGAAUAAAUAGAUCCAAACUCUCUUCCACCCUUUUGUCGAACUUCCAAAAGAUAAAACAACUGAUCACGGACUCAUUGAAAUUAAAACUCUUUGAUCCACAAGUUCCUACUUUUAUCUAUACGGAUGCCAACCAAACUGGAGGUGCAUCUAUGGUGUGUCAACCUAAAACUAUUAACGGAAAAGUCUAUCUGUAUCCAAUUGCGUUUUACUCCAUCAGAUUUACACCAACCCAACAACGCUAUUCGACUGUGGAACGUGAAUUAUUCGCUGUUCUACAUACUUUGGAAAAGGCACGAUUAAUUCUUUCACCCCAAAUUACGAUUUUUACGGACAAUACUGGAAUAGUUAGUAUUGGCCGUUCUGAACGAAAUACCCAUCCAAGAUUUACUAAAUAUUUGGAUAUCUUAAAUGGUUACCGUUUGACGUGGAAACACAUACCAGGCCCUACGAACGUCGUUGCAGACUACCUUAGCCGGUUUGGUCUCUCAAACCAACCAUAUCUCCAGCUGUCUGACAUUGAUAAAGUAGCAACCGAGAUUGAAUUAGAAGAUAUUCACCUUAAAGCUGUCAAUACGGAACAUAACAUUCCUUCAAAUACACAGCCUCCGGAUAGACUAUCUGAAUCAACUCCUACUAAUACUGAAUCAAAUGAAGCAAAUGAACCAUCUCCUAAUACUGAACAAUCUAAUGAAGUAACUGAUCCAACUCCAUCUACAAUUCCCAAUGAUACCUUAGUCCAAACUGAAGACGACAAUAUUAUUAUUGAUUCACCCAUUAAUCUUACUUGGACUGAAAUAUUAUUGAUUAAAGAAUUAUUUACCACAUCGGGUACUAUACCUCAAAAAUUUAGUAAAGUGAUCAUUUAUUUUACUUUGAUUAAUAAUAUCCUUUACUAUUUUCGUGAUAAUCAACUGUAUCAUAUCAUUAAUGACGCAGAGUACCUCGAUCGUGCUACCACCCUUCAUCAACUAUUCCACGCCAGUCAUCGGGUUCUUCAACAAAUGAUGAUUACCGAUCACCUCUGGCCUCCUAACGGUCAAUUGCUGACAUUAGACGUUACCAAAACGUGCCGUCAUUGUGAAGUGCAUCAACGUUUUGUUUCCAGUCACCCUACCUUCCAUCAUCAAAGUACCAGUUUUCAGCCGUUGGCACCUGGACUUUGCUGGUCCGUUACCCAAAGAUGA